CCGCCGCUUUUCCAACGGCCGCUUUUCCAACGGCUUUGCCCAGGUAAAAAAUAACACACCAUAAAUAGAUAUUCAGCACCACCAUCUCGUGCUCGCGGGUAUUUGUCGAUGCAGAGUUCUUCCGGUCAUCCUGCGGUACUGCAAGUUUCUGUACUGACACCAAAAGCAGCGAUAACGCCAAGGAUGUAGAGCUCAUUAUCAAGCUCCAUCGGUGAUUGAUACGGCCAAGGAGAGUAUGGAAAAGGCCUUUUUUAGUUUAUCGAUACCUGAAGUAAAGGGAUUAGUCGAGUUCAGCGAAACGGCAGCUCAUUUUCUCAGUGAGUACAAUGACAUGAAAUUGACUUAUCUGUCUGAGAAGACAGCAAGGAGCAUAAUACAGCAGUAAGCAGCAAUAGCCAAACGACCUGAAAAGCCACACCUUUCGGUACGUACGACGAGCCAGUUGAUAUUCUGUUUACGUAGUACGGACUGUAUAAUGGGCAUUACCAUAUUGUUUUUCGUCCAUGGCAUGUUGUCUUGCUACACACUGAGCCUGUAGUACACUGAAUACUGCACUUCAUCGGCAGGAAGGAGGAAGCAUACAAGUGGCCUGCAGCAUCGCAAAAGGAUGGUCGCUGAUGGCAGAUGCAACCAAAAUGAGUCGAGGUGCCUGGACGAGUAGACGAGUAAGAAGUAGCUAGACCGGCCAGGAACAAAAUGCGACGCGUCCUUCUUCCCUCAAACCUGUACCUGAAAUGCGUCUCUGGUGGGCUGCAGCGGGCUAAGCAAAGGAUAUCGGAGUUGGCGUCCCAUACAUUCCGGGGCGAAAAAAUUAGCUCUUCGCGCACGGCCUAUGACGAUCCCCUCCUUUGCUACAUGCUGCUAGUCCCACACACGCGAACCACGCCCUCUUGCAAAGCCUAAAUAUAUUUCUCUCACUCUCGUUCACAUUCCCCCCCGCGUGCUAAAUCUCCCUUCAUCUCCAACCAUCCCUCAACUCUCCCCCACCCCUCCGCCUCCAAUCUCAGCAGGCUGAGAUUGUCCCCGGCUCACGACCACUUGCGCAAAGCCACUAUUCAACGUUUCCACGCCACUUGAUUUUCUGCAAAAGCAAACCAUUACUGUCUAAACCACCAUGUACUGCACCCUAGCAACACUUUCUCUCCUUGCUCUUGCCGAGGCGGCUGGCCCGCACAACAGGCGUCUCGACGACCAUCGACGACAUUAUGCUCGCAUAGCCCUCUCUGGCGAAAGCGAAACGCCCCCUUUGCCUCACAAUCUCCACGUCGAGGUCCCAACCAAACGUGACGGGUGCACACAUGGUGGCUGGAACUGUGUCGGCUUGCAACUUCAAAGGUGCAACUGGGGCGACUGGAUCGUCAUUCAGAACUGCACAGGCGAGAAUAUCGUCUGCUCGACACAAGAAGACGCCGUUGGAUGUGUAUGGACUUGGUUUGUGGAUGACUCGACCACAUCCCAAGGCGCUCAAGGUACUCCUUCAGCCACCACUUCACUGGUGUUUGAUGCGAGCAGUGCCGUCAGUGCAUCAUAUGUCUCGGCAACACCAUCACAAGGUCUUGAUGAUGGUGAGCCGACUGGAACGGCUUCUUCGUAUUACGCCACUGCUACGACCUCUACAACUGCUUCCGACAAAAAUGAUCAAGCCUGUGAUGAUGAUGAUGACGACGAUGACGAGGUUUGUGAGGACGAAGACGCUUCUUCUACCGCAUCUGGUACCUUUAACCCCGCCACCAUCACGUCUUCCGCCACUUUUUCAACGUCUGAUGCGCAAGGAACUCUGACUUCCCAGAUUGGCGACGGGCUCUUGGCCGGGCAUAAGAGCGAGUCUGCGUCAAGUAGCGACGACUGGAGAGAGACUGCCGGCAGCGACCACAAAAGUCGAACCAAGCAAUGGGGCUCGUGGGGAACCUCUUCUGCUUCAGAUGGAUCUGCGCCUACCACCAAUGCCUCCGUUUCCUACCCUGCGGCCACUGCCAGUUCUACUACUACUGCCGCGUCAUCGUCCCAUUCAGCACCUACCAACCUUGGCGGAUGGUCAGCCCCUCACUAUGUCAUCUAUGCAGACAGGUGGCUUAGCGCUAUGCCCGACGUCUCUGAGCUCAGCUCUUUCAACCGCUUCAUUUUAGCUUUCUGGGAAUCCAAUGGUGGAGCCGUUGACGAUGUCCAAGCAUGGUCGAGCUGGGACGAAGGUUACCGAAGACAGAUUAUUGAAGAGUAUCAUGAUGCCGGUAUCGCGAUUAUGAUUGCUGCCUUUGGGUCUACCGACCAGCCGACGACAAGCGGUGCGGAUGCCAAGCAAGUGGCUCAAAAGCUCGCCAGUUUCGUCAUGGAGUAUAAUCUGGACGGCGUUGAUAUCGACUACGAGGACAUGUCGGCUAUGAACAGUGCUCAAGCGGUCUCUUGGAUCGUCGAGCUCCAGAUGGAGCUCCGAAAUCUCCUUCCGUCGCCAUACAUCAUCUCGCAUGCGCCCGUUGCCCCCUGGUUCACUUCAGCGAAUGACUACUCUGAUGGUUCUUAUGUCUCUAUACACCAGCAGGUUGGAGACUCGAUUGAUUUUUACAGUGUGCAAUUCUAUAACCAGGGCCCGGACCAGUAUGUGUCCUGUGAGACUCUUAUCACUGAUUCUGGGAGCGAAUGGCCGUCAACUUCUGUGUUCGAAAUCAACUCUCACGCCGGCGUGCCUCUCGAUAAGAUUGUGAUUGGCAAGCCCCUUGAGCCUGGCUCCGCGUCCAAUGGUUAUAUGAGUGCUUCUGAUCUUCAUCAGUGUGUCAGUGAGGCCAAGGAACGGGGGUGGAACGCAGGUGUCAUGUUCUGGGAAUGGAGUGAGGAGGCGCCCUCUGUGAUGGCUACAGUCCGUGGGUGAGCAUGGUGGUUCUAGGUUCCAGGUUCCAGUUCCCCGAUAUCUCCCUGUGCAGGCCACGGAGGGAUUAUUGCGACGAAUGACAACGACCCAUACGACUUAAGCUUGUUCCCAGUGUUGUAUAUCUGUCUACGACGACUUGACUAUAGGUAUAAUUUACGUCAGUUCUUUUUUUCUGUACCCUCUUACCGAGGUCAUCCGUGUUUAUUUACCAUCCAUACACCUAUACUUUUUAUCUACUCUGACUGCUUUUUUUGUUAUAGUGGUCGCCUCCUGUUUCGCGUUUAUUUGCUGCUGUAAUAUCCGCCUGGGCGCGAUGGAUGAGCAUGGAUCUCGGGGAGAGGUCCGAGAUGCGUAUGGACGGGCGAUCUGGGAUCGCAUGCAUUGGGUUUUGACGCUCUG